AUGACAGUUAAUGCAGGGAACUCAAGUGAUACCGAGCCAGACAGACGCCGCUCUGUGCGCAAGCGCGCUCAACAAUGGAUGACCAAGGGCGCCUUGGUCCACGAAGACUCCGACGAUGAACUCGGUGACGAAGACCACCCCUGGGACUGGAUUUUCGACGCAGAACCCGAAGCCAAAGAUGAACCAGAAGCGAACAAUGGCAGCCCCACGAAACCCGCCCGACGCAAGUCCUCGCGCCCGGCCAAGAAGAAGCGCACGAUCAUCGGAGCAAAAAUGGGAACAUUUGAAUGCAGAUUGGGUCAGAUUGUGCUCCUCAAAUCGCCAGAGGCUGGAAAAGAUUGGAUCGGAAUUAUAACAGAGUUUGUCGAGGAGGAUGAUGAUGAGAAGGAAGGCGAGAUCAUCAAGUCCGCCAACAUCAUGUGGUUCGCCGGGCCGGAUGAGUUUCUGUCGACGAGGAAUAAGCGGAGGACGGAUGCUCUGCCGAAUGAACAGUACCUUACGCAGGACUUCAACGUCAACCCUCUCACCUCGAUCAACGGCAAGGCCACUGUGAUGUCCAAAAACGCCUUUUUUGCUCGAUACCCGAAUGGCACACCACCCAAGAAUAAGGCCGAGCUGGCUGAGUACAACAAGUGCAUUGUGUGCCGCCGAGGCGUCAAUCAAGUGCAAGGGCGAUAUACUGAGGAGUUUUUGUGGGAGGAUGUCUACGAUGAGAACGACAUCAUGAAGCUUAUAACUUUGGUCCAGGACGGGCUCAAGACGGCCCGGAAGCGCAAGACUGUAGACACUGAUUAUGUCGAGCCCAAGGAAGAAAGCGUAGCCCCAACCACACCGCGAAAGAGACAGCGAUUGGCCCCCGGCGGGACACCGCAAUCGCAACGCAAGAAGGCCCUUACGACUCCAACCCAUAAGAGGAUUGUCGUGAAGAAGCCUUUGGAAUUUACACCUUUGGGCACCCGAGUGCUCUCACCAACCCAUUUCGCUUCGCCCUAUCGCCAGGCACGUACGCUGUUGCAUGUGUCGACCGUCCCAGACUCCCUUCCCUGUCGGAAGACCGAAUUUAAUACCGUCUACAAUCACCUGAGUGCAGCUAUUAUGGAAGGUACCGGGGCAUGUAUCUACAUCUCUGGUACUCCUGGUACAGGAAAAACUGCCACCGUCCGUGAAGUCGUUGCACAGCUUAACGGUGCUGUGCUAGCUGAGGAAAUGGACGACUUCAUCUUCGUUGAAAUCAACGGCAUGAAAGUCACGGAUCCCCAUCAAUCCUACUCAAUGCUCUGGGAAGCACUGAAAGGCGAUCGAGUAUCUCCAUCUCACGCCCUGGAUCUUCUCGAGAAUGAAUUCUCCCACCCCUCGCCCCGCCGAGUAUCUUGUGUCGUCCUCAUGGACGAACUAGAUCAAUUGGUCACAAAGAACCAAUCGGUCAUGUACAACUUCUUCAAUUGGCCCGCUCUCCGACACUCGCGCCUCAUCGUCCUGGCCGUUGCAAAUACCAUGGAUCUCCCCGAACGAACACUCAGCAACAAGAUCUCCAGUCGUCUUGGUCUUACUCGUAUUACAUUCCCUGGAUAUCGCCACACAGACCUGAUGGAGAUCAUCAGUACACGUCUCGCAAGUGUACCAGGCAACAUCGUUGACCCAGACGCGAUCCAAUUCGCAAGUCGUAAAGUCGCGGCAGUCAGCGGUGAUGCUAGACGUGCAUUAGAUAUUUGCCGACGUGCCGUCGAAAUUGCAGAACAGGAUGCCGACGAAGCUACUAGUAGUAAUGCAGCUUCAGGGGAAAACGAGGAAGCAAACUCACCCCCAGCCACACCGAGCAAGACACCAGCCCGACGCAACAAGGUUCUUGCAGACAAAGACAUCAACGACUCUGCGGCACCCAAACCUGCACCAACCAAAGGACAACCAGGCCGCGUCACCAUCGCAACUAUCAAACAAGCCAUCCAAGAAGCCACCUCCACACCCCUCCAACAAUCACUCCGCGGCCUCCCACUCUCCGGCAAGCUCUUCCUUGCAGCAUUGCUAGCCCGCAUACAACGCACCGGCCUCACCGAGUCAACAUUCGGCGAUGUCCUGGACGAGGCACGACGCAUCGCAGAUGCAGCGGUUGCCGUGGCCGGUGCAGCCGGCGCCGGAGUGAAAGAUUUUAUUCUUGGAGGAGGAGCCGGGGCUCGCGUGCGGGCUCUCGGCUUUGCUGCUAUGGAAUUGAUGAACUCUGGCGUUCUAGCGCUAGAACAGGGCACUGGGUCCAAGAGCUUGCUUGGCGGCUCCACGAUUCCUACUCGUGGUGAUCGGAGUAGUAAGGUUCGACUCCGAGUUGCUGCUGAGGACGUACGAUCUGCUUUCCGUGAGGAUACGGAAGCUAAAGGCUUUGGUCUUGGAAUUGAUCAGUAA